AUGAAGUUGUCGGCACUUACCCCGCUGCUGCUCAGUGGCCUUGGAACAUGCCAAACAUGGCGCCACACGAACGCGACUACUUUGGAAGCUUUUCCGUCCUUAUUGGAGACUGAUUUGCAAGACCUUUCUGCUGGGUUAGAAGCAGGUUUGUUCACGAGUGUGGACCUAGUCCGAGCAUAUACCGCGCGUGCGCUGGAAGUCAACGGCACCCUAAAUGUGGUGACUGAAUUGAACCCGGAGGCGGAGGCCAUUGCGGCUACAUUGGAUGCUCAGCGAAAGAAUGGAACCGUUCUUGGGCCACUUCACGGCAUUCCGAUCCUGAUCAAGAACAACAUAGCGACAGCCGACCAAAUGAAUAACACUGCCGGCUCGUGGUCAUUAUUGGGUGCGAAGGUACCACGAGAUUCAACAAUGGCGGCUAAGCUUCGCGAAGCAGGUGUUGUCAUUCUUGGAAAGACCAAUCUGUCUCAAUGGGCGAACUACAGGUCCGACAACACCAGCAAUGGCUGGAGUGCUUAUGGUGGGCAGACUUAUGGCGCUUACUUUCCAGAACAAGACCCUAGCGGAAGCUCGAGUGGCAGUGGCGUGGCGAGCUCGAUUGGUCUGGCGCUGGCGACACUGGGCACCGAAACAAGUGGUAGCAUCCUCAGUCCUAGCGAUGUGAAUGGCCUUGUGGGUAUCAAGCCGACCGUGGGACUUACCAGCAGAUAUCUUGUCAUUCCGAUAAGUGAACAUCAAGAUACAGUAGGACCAAUGGCCAGAAGCGUCAAGGAUGCUGCACAUGUCUUGCAGGCGAUCGCAGGACCAGACCCCAACGACAACUAUACGUCCGCAUAUCCCUUUCAAAGUGCUCCAGACUAUGUUGCCGCAUGCACUAAACAGUCUCUGGCGGGAGCAAGAAUCGGAGUUGCCUGGAACGUUCUGGACAUUCUGGGUAGUCUUACUGACCAGCCGGUCCUCGAUGCAUUCCAACAGGCAGUCAAAGAUAUCGAAGCUGCUGGCGCCACGAUCGUCAGCGCGAACUUCACCGGUCUUGCUGCCUGGCUCAACGAUACUACUGGCGAUACAGUGCUCAGCGCUGACUUCGAGGUCGGGCUGGCGCGAUACCUGUCUCAGCUCACUUACAACCCGCAGGAAAUAUAUAGUCUCGCAGAUCUACGCAGCUGGACACAAGAAAAUGAGUAUCUGGAGGACUGGCCUGAACGUGAUACCGCAGUGUGGGACGACUUCAUUGCCAACCAAACCUGGAACAACACCGAUCCACGGUUCUGGCCGGCCUAUCAAAGCAAUCUCUACUAUGGUGGCGAGGGUGGCAUCCUAGGUGCUUUGCGGCGAACCAAUACCAGCGCGGUACUUCUGCCUACGCAGCUCAGCCCAGCAAUUCCUGCGCUUGUGGGCAGUCCUGUUGUCACAGUACCUAUGGGCUUCUAUCCCUAUGACUGGAAUGUGACGAUGAACGGCUUUGGCAACCUUGUGGCGUCUGGGCCACAUAUUCCGUUUGGGCUGAGCUUCAUGGGCGAUCUGUGGAGCGAGGAGAAGUUGAUCGGGUAUGCGUAUGCGUACGAGCAGAGAACACAGCAUAGAAAGAGGGUCCUGCCUUAUGUAAGGCCGAACGUGGAGAUCAGAGACGUGGUGCUUCGCAUUGAAGUUGGCAAAGCCAAUUCUGAGCAUCGUGACCUGAGAUAGUGCUUCGAGGCACAUGUAUACCUCUGAUCAUUGCGUUUGCUCCGAUCCGAGAGCCC